AUGUUCCUUCGUCCAAACCCCGAAAAGGGCCAGUUGAUGCUAAGCAAGGGCAUCCUGGUGGAUGAGGCUUUCACGUUCUGUUUCGCCGGAACGGAUACCACCAGCUAUGCCCUGAGUAUGGGGUCAUACUACCUCAUGUCAAAACCCGCGAAGCUCCAGAAAAUGCGCGAGGAGCUCCAGACGGUGCCAACGAAUGGGGAUGGGCUUCUGGAGUACAAUGACAUCCGCAACCUCCCGUACUUGUCAGCGACGAUCAAGGAAAUCCUGAGGCUCGCUUGCCCUGUUCCUGGUAUCACGCCCCGCGUGGUCCCGGCUGAGGGUAUGACAACGAUCGUAUCACUUUCCAUGCGGAUGGUACACUUCAAUGAGUCGAUCUACUACGAGCCCUACAAGUUCAUACCUGAACGCUGGCUUGGCGACCAGGGCAAGGAGCUGGAUAAAUGGUUCGUGACCUUCAGCAAGGGCCCACGGAUGUGUCUCGGUCUCAACAUGAGCUACCUUGAGACCUAUCUCUGUCUAGCCAACUUCUUUAACAAUUUCAACUUUGAGCUCUACGAGACGAACGAGGACACCGCGAUGUGGGUUGACAUGGUGGCAGCCGCCAAGUCAAGGCAACACAUCAAGGCCAUGGUCACCGGUCCAAGGUAA